AGGCAAAACCAACAUAAGUUUUCACAUUCUGAAGCUGUUCUUGAUCUCUAGACUUUUUUCCUAUAUAUCCACUUUGUUUAAAGCAGUCUUUGAUGGGAAGGCUGAAUAAUGAUACUAAUGUUGCAGGUCCUUCAAUUGCACUAUUACAAGAAAGAUUCAGACAAUUGGAAAAAGCAAGAGAACAGAGAGAAGACAAGACACUAAAAUUGUUCCCAGAACCUGAGGUGAUGAAUAUUUCAACCAAGAAUUGUAUUCCUGCAAAUAAGCAAGGAUUGCAACAUGAUCAAAUUGUAAUUUUUCCAUCUGAAAAGGAUCAUCUUUCACUUGGACUCAGCUUGAAUAACAGCAAACAAACAGGACAAACCCGAUGCACAAGGCAUUUCGCGUUAACACAGGCUCCGGGGAAGGGCUGCACCCCGGGGUGUGAUGUAUACAGCCUACCCUAAUGCAGCAUUAGGAUAGGUUGCUUCCACAGCUCGAACCCGUGACCUACAGGUCACACAGAGACAACUUUACUGUUGCUCUAAGGCUCCCCUCCGCGUCUCUUCAUUUAUAGGCAUAUAAUAAUUUUUUGUCAGAUUUUUAUUUCAUUUUUACUUGUUCUCCUGACUGUAAAUAAAAGAUCAUUGUUCAAGCUCUCCUCAGUAUGUAAUCACACGUUUCCUUAAUUCCUUUUUCAAGAA